AUGAGCCAAACAACCAUGAACAAGGCUAUCGAAUCGCCUAUGUUCAUCGUGGCAGUCGGUGCUGAAAGGGCAGAGAUGAAAAUCCAUUCCAACAUUCUUGCCGGCGCGUCUCGCACGCUCGGCGCCCUCGUCAACGGGAACAUGAGAGAGGCGCAUGAGCGCAAGAGCGAGUGGAUCGAUGUGGACAAAGAAACGUUUAUCCGCUUCCGUCAGUAUCUCUACUAUGCCGACUACAAUAUGCCGACAUUUGCCGUUCGACGCACCCCCGACGAUCGGGGAAACGAAAAAUCCCAAAGGGCUGAAAUCGCCGCCCUCAACGAAUAUGAGGGGUGGAACUGGCCCACGAUAUCGUGGAUGAAUAUCCCGACCCUCGACCAAUAUCGAUGGGACUCCAACGCCAGAGCCGACUACGCCUGGUUCCGGGAUGAAAUUCGCCAACAACCAAUACGAGGGGCGAAACUGGCCGACGAUCUCGUGGAUGAAUAUCCCAGCCCUCGACCAAUAUUGAUGGGACUCCAACGCCAGAGCCGACUACGCCUGGUUCCCAGAUGA